AUGGCGAUGGUGAUGACUGGCCGUGUGCUGCUGGUGUUUGCCCUCUGCGUGCUGUGGUGCAGUGCCGGCGGUGGAUGUGACGGGGAGGAGACAGCAGCUCGUGGGAGUGGUGAUGGGCCUCCGCCGGAAUCACAAGAACUUGGAACGCCUCGACAAGAAACCCAGGAUUUAAAAGUUGGAUCACCAGAUGUUAAUGGAAAAGUGCCACCCGAAUCUUCCCCACAUAUAGAGGAAGCUGGGGGUGAAGAUAGUGAUGAUGAUGAAAAUGGAGAAGAAAAGGAUAAAAAAGGCGAAAAUGAAAAAAAUAAGGUACAACUCCAGACACACGAGGGUAAAAAUAAUGAGGGGGCACCACAAUCAUCACCCGCACCACCACCACCACCAAUACCAUCGGGAGGCCCAACAGCAGAAAAAGAAAGCUCACAGAAAGUAACCAAAGCAAAGAAAGAAAACACACCGUCAGGAUCCAAAAUGGAAUCCGAAGCACCGGAACCGCCUUCAGGGGAUGCUACACAAGGGCAGCACAGACAUGACACGGACACAGAGGAUUCGACGAAGAAUGCAGCAACCGGCAGUCCAGCAGAACCAACAACCUCAUCUACCUCUACAAGUGGUAGCGGUGAUCAUGUCCAGAAUAAAGCAGAGGAGAAUGAUGCUCAAAGCUCUGAAGGACAACACGACGGCCUUGAAACUGGCAAUACCAACGUUGUUCCAACACUCAGUGAGGCAGCACCACAAACAGCAAAAACAACCACCGCCACUCAAACAAAUCAUACGACGAAUACAGAAAACAGUGACGGCAGCACCGCGGUCUCCCACACUACCUCCCCUCUUUUGCUUCUUCUUGUUGUUGCGUGUGCGGCUGCUGCUGCGGUGGUGGCCGCGUGA